AUGCUGCUGCUGCAAGCCGUUCUACUGUUACUGGCCCUGCCCAAUAGUGAGACCGUGACUGAAGACUCUGAAGUCCUGCUUUCCCCACCCAAGGAGGGCUGUGCAGGUUGGAUGGCUGGCGUUCCAGGUUAUCCUGGCCACAAUGGGACGCCCGGCCGUGAUGGCAGAGAUGGCACCCCUGGAGAGAAGGGUGAGAAAGGAGAACCAGGUGUCAUUGGUCCUAAGGGGGACACAGGUAAUGGUGCUGGGAUUGAAGGGCCCCGCGGCUUUCCUGGAAACCCAGGCAGAAAAGGAGAACCUGGCGAAGGUGCCUAUGUAUAUCGCUCAGCUUUCAGUGUGGGGCUGGAUGCCCGCGUCACCAUCCCCAAUGUGCCCAUUCGCUUCACCAAGAUCUUCUACAAUCAGCAAAACCACUAUGAUGGCUCCACUGGCAAAUUCCACUGCAACAUUCCUGGGCUGUACUAUUUCUCCUACCACAUCACCGUCUACCUGAAGGACGUGAAACUCAGCCUGUUCAAGAACGACAAAGCCGUGCUCUUUACCUAUGACCAAUACCAGGACAAGAAUGUGGACCAGGCCUCUGGCUCUGUGCUCCUGCAUUUGGCAGUGGGGGACCAAGUAUGGCUCCAGGUGUAUGGCGAUGGAGAGAAUAAUGGACUCUAUGCAGAUAACAUCAAUGACUCGACCUUCACAGGCUUCCUGCUCUACCAUGACACUGACGGAUCACAGUGA